AUGGGGGUGGCAGGGACCGAGCUGCCCGGCGGCAAUGUUAGCGCCAACCAGAGCGCCACCGACCCCACUCUGUCGCGGGAUGUGUGGAUGGUGGGCAUGGGGAUCCUCAUGUCGGUGAUCGUGCUGGCCAUCGUCUUCGGCAACGUGCUGGUGAUCACCGCCAUCGCCCGGUUUCAGCGCCUGCAGACCGUCACCAACUAUUUCAUCACCUCGCUGGCCUGUGCUGACCUGGUGAUGGGGCUGGCCGUGGUUCCCUUUGGCGCCUGCCACAUCAUCAUGGAGAUGUGGAAGUUUGGGAACUUCUGGUGUGAGUUCUGGACCUCCCUGGAUGUGCUUUGCGUCACAGCCAGCAUUGAGACCCUCUGCGUCAUUGCCGUGGACCGGUACUUCGCCAUCACCUCCCCUUUCAAGUACCAGAGCCUGCUGACCAAGAGCAAGGCACGUGUGGUCAUCCUUGUGGUGUGGGUAGUCUCAGCCCUCACCUCCUUCUUGCCCAUCCAAAUGCACUGGUAUCGGGCAGACCGUGAUGAGGCCAUUCUGUGCUAUGAGAAGGAGACAUGUUGUGACUUCUUCACCAACCAAGCCUAUGCCAUUGCCUCGUCCAUCAUCUCCUUCUACCUGCCCCUUGUGGUCAUGGUAUUUGUGUAUGCCAGGGUCUUCCAGGUGGCCAAGAAGCAGUUGCAGAAGAUAGAUAGGAGUGAGGGGAGGUUUCACAUCCAGAACAAGGAGCAGGAGCAGAAAGGGGGAGCUGGGCACCGCCGUUCCUCCAAGUUCUUCUUGAAGGAGCACAAGGCCCUCAAGACUCUGGGCAUCAUCAUGGGCACCUUCACCCUGUGUUGGCUGCCCUUCUUCAUCGUUAACAUUGUGCACGUCAUCCAGGACGACAUCAUACCUAAGUACGUGUACAUCCUCUUGAACUGGCUGGGGUAUGUCAACUCUGCCUUCAACCCUUUGAUCUACUGCCGGAGCCCCGACUUCAGGUACGCCUUCCAGGAGCUCCUGUGCCUCCGCAGGUCUGCCCUGAAGAUGUAUGCCAAUGGCUACUCCAACAGCAACGGCAGGAGCGACUACAACGAGGAGGACAACGGCUACCCCCUGGCAUCGGAUAAAACCCGCGAGUUGCUCUGCGAAGAGGGCUCCUUCCCUCACCCCGAGGAUUUUUUGCACUGCAAAGGUACUGUGCCUUGUGGGUAGCUUUGGGACGUGAUGGGCUCUGGUGUGGCACACUUCUGUUAUUAAGAGGCACCUUUUUCUGUAAGGGAUAACAGAGCAGAUAACAGUAACAGUCAUCUAGAGCACACCUAAAAUCUAAUGGCUGCAGGAAACCCAAAACUCAGCAAACAUUCUGCA